AUGGGAAAUAGCAGCAUCCCACAACCAAAUCUCCCUCUCUCUCACCCGGCCCACCGGGAGAUCUGUCUUCCCUCCUUUUCUUCCCCUUCCCACUCCUUCAUUGCGUUGCUUUCGCAGACCUCCAAUGCAUUGUAUCACCUCGCCAAGGCCUCCGAGGCGCUCAAAGCGCGCACGAACGGCGAGGACGUGCCGUUUUGGAUCACGGCGGCGCGCGAUCAGCUCGUCACGUGCCUCGAAGGUAUCUGGGAGUUCUCCCCCGACACGUACAAGUCGCACGCGGGAAAAUCGCUGACAAAUUACGGCAAUAAUCUUAAGAAAUCGUACGACACCGCCAUCGCCCUCGCGCUCCAAUCCGCCGGAUCCGCGGGGAAGGCUCCCCCGCGCCGACAGGCCCUAGACUCUGUGGAAGACGGCGGUCGGGGGGAGCCGCCGUUGUGGGUGGAGCCGGGGAUGUACGAGCGGAUCAGGGAGCUUCAGGCGCGGAUGCAGGGGGAUCACGUGGAGGCGGGGAUGUGGGCGGAGCGCGGACGGAAGCUUCAGUUGGCGAAGGUCAAGAAGUUAAAGCCAAACGCCGUGGUGGGGAAAAACGAGAAGUACAAGAAGGUCUCGGACGCGUUAAAAGCAGCUCCGAAAACGGGGCUGUUUGUUGUGUACAUCAAGGCCGGGACGUAUAAGGAGAAUGUUUUGGUGAACCGGGAGGGCGUGGUUCUGGUGGGAGACGGAGCGUCGAAGACAAUUAUAACGGGGAAGAAAAGUGUGGCUGGCGGAUAUACGACAUACAACACUGCCACAGUCAGUGUAAAGAAGAACUCUUUCCAGGCAACGGGGAUAAAGUUCGAAAACACUGCAGGAAUUCAGGGCAACCAAGCCGUGGCGCUGAUGAUCGACGCGGAUAAGGCAGUCGUUUAUGACUGCUCCGUUACAGGUUUCCAGGACACUCUCUACACCCACUCGGGCCGCCAGUACUACAGAAACACCUUCAUCUCGGGUUGCACGGAUUUUAUUUUUGGAAACGCUGCUGCGAAUAUUGACAACUGUACGAUUCAGAUGCGCGCUGGGAAAAAAAAUGUUCCUAUCACCGCGUCAGGAAGAGAGAGCAACACGCCUACGGGGAUUGUGAUUCGUUACGCGACUGUUAAUUCGGAGAAGGGUGUUACAAAUGGUUACUUGGGUCGGCCUUGGAAGAAAUGCGCGCGUACAAUUUAUAUCGAGAGCAACCUUCCCAAGGAGAUCAACAAGGAGGGGUGGGACACGUGGAACGGCGGCAACAAGGGGAAGUGUGUCUACUAUGCUGAGAAGGACAGCAAGGGACCGGGAGCGUACAAGCCACGGGCCAAAUGGGUGAAGCCGGGACAGAUCAAAGACGGCAAGCCGUGGGCCCCUGAACCGUUCAUUCAGCUCAGCAAGUGGUAUGACAAGAAGAAAGGGGUUAUUCGGUACCCAUAG